CUAUUGUUAGAGGUAAGAUUGAACGUUGAUUCCAAUUAAAUGUGAAUGAUUAUAAUUAUGAAAAUAUUUUAAUUUGGCUCGUGAAUACAUACAUUCACGAUCAGAUUGUUGCGCAAACAGGAUUUUCCACUGUAAAACACUAAUAGCAUGUAAUCGGUACAAUAAAUGAUAAUCUAGGAUUUAUUAAGCAAUUCCCUUCAAUAACUUUAAGAUGGAAAUGAAAUAAUUUAGAUGGAAAUUGUUCUUAUCAGUAAAGCAGUUUGCUGGUCGUAGUUAAAUUCGCAACAAAGUUCGUACGAAAACCACGUUCAAUUAGUCAACUUUUUAAUGACCACUUUUUUAUUGGAACGUUAAAGGUGAAGCUAACGCAUUUGAAAAUGCUCAUACUCACUCUAGUCUCUUUUCUGGGCUGCGUAUGGCAUUCGCAUGCUUCAGUUAUACCAAGAGGCCCAACAAUUGAAACUACCAGAAUGGUGGGAAGGAGAGCGAAACGAGCAACUGAAGAGGUUCACUCCUGUUCGAGUAUGGUGUAUUGUCAAGGCGAUCUGUUGGAUACAGUGCAGAAACAGGAAUUGUAUGCAGAUUCGAAAACGUUCGUCGAUAUGAGCCAGCGAAAUGAUGAGAGCGUCACUUUGGCGAACUUUCAAGCGAUGAUGGCAUCUACCAAUAACACUCCCUCAAAGGAUGAUGUGCAAAAGUUCGUCGACGACAACUUUGUGUUUGAAAACGAAACUGAAUCGUGGACGCCUCCCGACUUCAAUGAAAAUCCCGCAUUUUUGGAGAAAAUUUCGGACCCAAACAUCAGAAACUUUGCCAAAUCUCUGGUGUCUUUUUGGCCACAGCUUGGCAGAAAAAUUCGCAGCUCCGUCAACAACAACCCAACACGCCAUUCUCUUAUUCCGGUGCCAGAAGGGUUUAUAGUCCCGGGAGGGCGAUUUAGAGAAAUCUAUUACUGGGACUCUUACUGGAUUAUUAAAGGCUUGCUGAUCAGCGAGAUGCACGAGACAGUCAAAGGAAUGCUAACCAACCUAAUCUACCUGAUUAAACAAUAUGGAUUAAUCCCGAACGGCUCGAGAGUCUAUUACAUCAACCGAUCGCAACCGCCCUUAUUCGCAUCGAUGGUUGGCCUCUAUUUGGACUACACAAAUGAUCUGGAUUGGCUAAGAGCCAAUAUUGAGUAUAUUGAAACCGAGCUGAACUUCUGGCUUAGUAGUAGAACACUGAAUCUAACAUCAAAUGGCGUCAGCUAUAUGUUAGCUCAUUAUGGAACGGAAAGUAACACACCGAGGCCGGAGUCAUAUUCUGAGGAUAUUGCGACAUGUGCACAUGAAACUAGUGAAACCGCACGGCGCGGUUGUUACAAUGCGUUGAAAACUGCAGCUGAAACCGGCUGGGAUUUUUCAACACGUUGGAUUUUUGACGAACAGGGAGGAACCAAUGCAACCCUCUCCUCCAUCGACAGCAAAAGAGUCAUCCCGGUUGAUUUAAACGCGUUUCUCUGCAAAUCCUUCGGGCUAUUGGCGGAUUUUUAUGGAAAAAUUGGCAAUGUUUCUAAACAGAACCUAUGGGCGAACCGAGCCCUUGAAUGGCGCAACAGCAUAGAAACACUCUUGUAUAAUGAUGCGGAUGGGAUUUGGUACGAUUUUGACUACGAUAUGAAAGUGCAAAGACAGUACUUUUUUGCCAGUAAUUUCGCCCCACUGUGGGCCGAAUGUUACCGAGAGGAGAACAAGGAGCAGUAUGGAAGCAAGGCGGUUAAGUAUUUCCGCAAGAGCGAAAUUGAAUUGUUCCAGGGCGGAAUACCAACUUCCCUCGAAGAAAGUGGAGAACAGUGGGACUUACCAAACGCUUGGCCUCCGCUUCAAGAGUUUGUAGUGCUUGGAUUGCACAAAUCUGGAGACUCUGAAGCCCAAAGCGUAGCAAAGGAAUUUGCUAAUCGAUGGAUUAGCGCCAAUAUGAAAGGAUUUGAAACUGAUGGCGCGAUGUAUGAAAAAUACGAUGCGAUCUAUCCAGGGCAAUAUGGGGGAGGUGGCGAAUACGAAGUUCAGCUGGGCUUCGGAUGGAGUAACGGAGUCGCAUUGGCUUUCAUUGACCAGUUCAGUUCUAGCUCAAAAAUCAAGGCUUUAAUGAGUAAAUCUCUCUAUUUUGCAAUGUUCAGCUCUUUGUCGCUUUAUUUUACAUAUUAUAAGCUAUAAUGCUGCCCAAACUACCGCUAGUGCCGAGUUUUCAAGCCGAUAUUCAAACGGUACUUUUUCCAAAUCUGGGAAAACUUUGCUGAGUACACGCAGCUUGUUGAAUAAUAUUAUUUUAAGCAAAGAAAACUGAUGUUGUGAAGUGAGGUUAUGAAUGCAAAACUAACUGUUGCGCAGCUUUGUGAUAGUACUGCUGUUUUGAAACGUUUAGAGUAGCGAAUUUAGAGUUUCAUCAGUAAAACACUUUUUUAAUGUUUA